AUGGAGGUGUGUGGACUGUGUGGAGUUGGUCAGCAAAGCUCAGGAAAUUCUUACUUUUGUGGAGAAAGGGUGGUAGUUGUCACACUUGAAUCUGCACUGGGAGAGAAGGAGUGGAGCUUGAGCACGAAGCUUUCAGAGGCAAUACUGAUCCCAUUGCGCAUCUUCUCUGAAUGGCGCUUCCCGGAAAAUGGAGUGAUUGAAUUCCAAGCCAUUCCUAGGUAUGGACCAGCAAGCCCAUUCAAAGGACAUUUAAGUACCAAGAGUAAUGCUUUCUGCAUCGACUCCUCUUCCCGCAGACUAAGUAACCAGUACCUGAUCAGGGAUCACAUGGCUGUCCAUUACAAUAAAAUCCUUUCAGCCAAAGCUGCUGUAGACUGUUCAGUACCAAAAAGCAGGUUAAACAGCAUAAAAUUUUCAGAUCAGCAGCGAAGAGAGAAACUCAAGAAAGAAGUAGAAAGGUGUGAGAAGGAAAUGAUUUCAUCUAAAAAUGUGUCCCGAUCUAGUUCCAGGGAGAGUAGAAGACCUCUCUCAGCUACCUAUAGAAAAGGUUCACUGGAAGCAGAAGGCAAUGUGGGGCUACUCUCAUGUGCGACAAGUGAACAGAAGUGUCCAGUGGGUUCCAUCUCGACUCCAGAGAGGCAGAGCGCAGUUCUUCCAAGUCCUGAAAACCCUGCCAGGAGAGCUGCUCAGAAGGCCUCCGACAUCUCUGUCUCAAGCUCAAGCACCAGUACUUCAAGUCUGCACAGACUGCAUUCCAAGAUUUCUUGCAGCUCUUCUUCUGAUAGCAUUGCAAACAAGCAUUCCCACAAGGCCCAGAACCCUGAUUCCAAAGUAUGCAGCGGAGAUCUCCUUGAGAAGCACUCUGAACACUUUACCAAUAGCCAACAACCGUUCACUCCACGUACUUUAAAAUCAGAUGCGAAAUCCUUCCUUUCACAGUACAGAUAUUAUAUGCCAGCAAAACGGAAAAUAAGGGAUAUUUCUAAGCAACAGGCAGAAGCAGAAACACAGACUGAUGUAAGCAGUUUCCAGGUUGAGUCUGAAGGAUCUGAAAAAAGGGAUCUGGCUGACAUCAUAAAGGAGGUGGAAGACACAGUGUCUGCCAGUGCAGAUAAGUCUGACGAAGCAAAGGCGGUUUCUCAGUUCUCCUCACCAAGGGUGACUUCUCCAUCUUCUGUGCAGUCCCCAAUGAUGAGAAGAAUCCAGGCUGAGGAAGAAGAACUUUUGUAUUUAAGCUUCAUCCAGGAUAUAACAGAUGAGAUUCUCAAACUCGGAUUGUUUUCCAACAGGGCUUUGGAAAAGUUGUUUGAGCGUCACAUAGAACAAAACAAGAACCACCUUAAUGAGACCAAAAUGCGCCACCUGCUGGAGAUUCUGAAAGUAGACCUGGGCUGCAUCAAGGAGGAAAAGUCUGCUGGAGGGUCUGAUAUGUACGGUCCUCUGCAGAAAGGGCCCGUCGACCACUUCCAACUUCCCAAAAGUGAGGAGUUUUUAAAAGUAAUGGAGUUAAUAGCAAAUGAGCCACCUGCUUGCAGUGAUAAAUCCCAGGUGGAAGAGGCCCAGGAUGAAAUUUCCAAAGAUAUCAAUGAACCAACGAGUGUCGGGCUGGACCCUAUGUCCUUCUUGGUGACUGAUGAAACCCUGGAUACCUCAUGCACACUGCCACCAACAUGCAGCUCAACCACAUGCGAUGCUGACUUGGACAUGAGCGAGUCUUUGAGGGACGUUGAUGAGCUCAGAGAAAGCUUUGUGAACUCCUUUCCCAUCUCCACUGACAACACACCAUGCUAAACAACUAGCAGCAAAGCACCGAGAGAGGCAGCACACCUGGCCAACGGUGCAGAGAUCUGAGCUUCACGGAUUUAAUAAAAUGCUAACAAAUCAUCCCCCUCUUUCUUUUUAACAGUUUCUGUCUGGAAUGCAGUUGGAGCGUCUUGCGAAAGCGGUCCAAGUAUUAUGAAUCAGGCUUUAAAGAACUGAGCACCAAAACACACUAGUGGGCAAGAGACCCAUUUGUGGCAUGUAAUGUAACACAAUGUCAUUAAGUGCUGAAAACUUG